AUGUUAAGCUCAGAUCCGGCCUUCUUACCAGGCAGUCAGUCCAAAUCAGCCGCGGUUAAGACCGAAGUCCCUUUGGGCCCUGGUGGCCCUGGUUCAGCAGCUCCCAAAACCAACGCUGCGACACCUGCGACGCCUUCCUCCGAUUCAACCAUUCCUCCGCAGAACGUCCCAUUGGCACCUCCGAGUCCACCUGCGAAGUCCCAGACAGCUCCGCCCACAGCUUCCUCGACCGUUAGCCCGGCUGAACAGCCUCCUCCACCACCUCCGUCGCAGAAACCCACUCCACCCACCCGGAAACGAUUCUCCCGCUUCCGUUUUCUGCUCUACCUCAUCGGUCUGUCGGCACUUGGCUACGGUGGGGCUGUCUUCUAUGCGUUGAGAAACGACAACUUCCACGACUUCUUUACCGAGUACGUUCCGUUUGGGGAGGAGUCAGUUCUGUAUUUCGAAGAACGCGCGUUCAAAAAGCGGUUUCCGAAUGCUAGGCACAAUGUAACGCGCUCGCUUCGGUCAGAUGCGAGGGACCAGGACAAGGUCACCACCAUUCCUGAAAAGUCUGGAUUGUCCUGGCGAGCGGUCGAGGAGCCGGACAAGGGGAGCGAUGUCACUCAAAAGGGCAAGCAUAUGAGCGCAGUCGAUGCAGGGACAUCAGUCACUUCAAAAGACGCUACCGAUGCGAAACAAGACCCUCAAGGAGCGACUGCCAAAGAGAGGAGUGUUUCUGUCGAGACAGCAAAGAAAGGCGCCGCGGCCAAACAGGAAGGAAAACCAAAAGAGACCGCACCAGCGGAGCUUUCCAAACCAGCCGACACUUCUGCGAAAGCGCCCUCUCCUCCACCUUCGCCUGAGAAGAGUCCAGAGGCUUCCCCGGCCUCUUCAACAGCCGAUACAAGGCCGCCUGCCAUUCCCCCAGUGUCACAGAUAUCACCGCUAAGUGUCCCCAAUGCCGAUGAGCCCGUGGUACAAGAACUGGUGAAAAUCGUCAACGAUUUGAUUACGGUGGUGAACUCUGACUCCCCCGACGCGGCCAACAAGUAUUCCCUGCCAAUGGCAAAGGCCAAGGAGUCGCUCGAACAAGUCGCCAGCAAGAUUACCGCAUUACGUGAUGCAGAGCGCAAGGCCGCCGAAGAGCGCAUUGCUCAGGCGCACAGAGAGUUCGACGAGGGUGCUAAACAACUGCUGAAGCGCAUUGAAACCGCCCAAGCCGAAGACGAUGCCCGAUACCGUGAAGAAUUUGAGACCGAACGUGCCCGACUAGCUCAGGUCUAUGAAGAGAAGGUAAAGACUGAAGUGCAACGCAGCACGGAAUUAGUCGAGCAGCGUCUAAAGAACGAACUCGCUGAGCAAGCGAUCGAGAUGAAGCGCGAUUUCGUUGCGCAGGUGAAGGAUCUAGUGGAAGCUGAGCGCGAGGGGCGGUUGAGCAAACUCUCGGACCUGUCUUCCAACGUGGACUCACUAACCGAGCUCACGUCAAACUGGAAUGGCGUGAUCGAUUCCAACCUGGCAACACAGAAACUCCAAGUCGCAGUGGAUGCCGUGCGCUCCUCUCUCGACGCUUCGGCCGUCUCGGACGCGAAGCCAAGAGCAUUUGUGCGUGAAAUGGCCGCAUUGAAACUUGUGGCCGAAGGCGAUCCGGUCGUCGACGCGGCCAUCGCAAGCAUCAACCCUGCUGCAUACCAGAAUGGGAUCCCGUCACAACCACAACUGAUCGACCGGUUCCGUCGCGUCGCAAGCGAAGUAAGGAAAGCUUCCCUGCUACCCGAGAAUGCGGGUAUCGCUUCACACGCUGCUUCGCUCGUCCUAUCGAAUGUACUGUUCAAGAAGCGCGGCCAACCCACCGGUUCCGAUGUGGAGAGCGUCCUCACCCGCACAGAGACUCUCCUGGAGGAAGGCGAUCUCGACGGUGCGGCAAGAGAGAUGAACUCCCUGCAGGGGUGGGCCAAAGUGUUGUCGCGGGACUGGUUGAGCGAUGUUAGGAAAGCGCUGGAGGUGAAGCAGGCGUUGGACGUUAUCGAGACGGAGGCACGGUUACAGUGCUUGCGGGUCGGAUGA